ACAUGGUUUUAUUGGUCAGCGGGUGCAGACGCGCACAGAACGAAUGGACGAAGCGUGAACUGUAGCAAAUUUCGUUAGUCCUUCAUCGUUUAACUCUAUAUCGUUGUGUGAAAUAUUGACAUUCAAGGAUAAUGAGGCGAUUUUGGCUUAUUGGCAUUUUGGGGCUUAGUUUGGGGUUAUCAGAGUCUCGUAUAACCGAUGGAUAUGGGAAGCUUUUCGGCAAAUGUACCAAGGAGUCGAACGCUUUCGAGUGUUUGAAGAAAAGAGCCCUUGAAAUUCUGGAUAAUGCAAUCAAGGAUGAGUCUGUCUAUGUGCUAAACGAUUUUAUAUCAAUUGGUAGGGAUAACAAUGUUGCAAGGAAUUUUGAAUUACGAAAAUCCGAUAAUGUAACGCAAAGGAGUUUGGAUGAUCAGUUGGACAUGAAGUUUCACGAAUACUUGAGUUCGCGAAGCUUAAAACUCACGAUACCUGGAGACGCUUUUGAAGGAAGAGGAAAGAAAGAUAAGAAAGGAGGAAUGGGAGCCAUCAUGAUGGGAGGAUUAGCUAUGGCAGGUAUGCUAGCACAGUUGGCGUUUGGUAAAAUUGCAUUCCUAGCUGGUACGGCACUACUUACGGCUAAAAUCGCACUGGUGCUUAGCGCGAUUAUUGGACUGAAGAAGCUGGUAUCCAGCGGCGGAGGUGGCCACGAGGUGAUCUAUGCCACUGCUUCGGAACACCAUGGUGGAAGUGGUUAUGGGGGUGGCUGGCAACGAGCUCUUGACGCUAUUCCUAUUACUUGAUCAUUCGACUGAAUGAAGAGGGAAUGGUGAGAGAUGCGUCGGUACGUGUGUUCUUGUUGUCAUUGAACUGGCUUAGUCAACUGUCGUUCUUAUCAAGAAUUGAAUCAGAAGCAGUUCUCCUUGCACAUAUAUUUGUACUCAAUUACGCAUUUAUUUAUUUAUUUAUUUAUUUAUUUAUUUAUUUUUAUCAUAUCGUUUACAUUCCAAAGCUAAAUGUAAAGUUAAAAGAUUUUAUAUGUUCUGCGAUUGCAAAGCUUCCAUUGCAGUUCUAUCUAAUUCUGAAUACCGAAUUUUUAUUUAUAUUAUAUCGUUUGAAUAGUUAUUUGUAACGUUAGUUAGCUCCGAACUAGUACGACUUAUUUUUCUAAUGAAACCUUAUUAUCUUGACACGAUCAUUUGUAAUUUAUUUUCAUGAAGAUACUCACGUGACCUGACUAUUAGUACUACAAAAGUAUAGAGGGUACAAA